AUGGCGCUUUUUCUGCUUGUCCUACUACCUUUUGCCUUUGGAGCUGUCAGAAAGCUCGAAGGAGACCUUGAGCAGUUAAUCUACAAAUCUUUUGAAGACGAUAAAUACCACGAGCACUCAUGCAAACGCCCAGUGAUAAGAGAGUAUGUGAAUUCCUGGGAUAAGUAUCAGUCUCAAUGCAUGAAGCGGGAUCUAAAUGAUUUCGCCUACUCUACAUAUGUGACUUUUCUUGAAGGCAGAACAUUUGAAUUUGUGAGGGAUUUUAAUUAUAUUUGGAAAAAAUACAUCACACUAGCUUUGGGAAAUGAUACCAUGAACCCUGUUACUGGGGCAGGAGAAAACCCUAAAGGAGGGAUUUCUCAUAUGUUUUUUGCAAAUUUAGAUACUCUUUAUUUGAUGGGGACUGAAGAGCUUUUUGAGGAGGCUUUAAAAAUUGUCGAAAAAGAAGGAGUUCUACCCAAGGGACAAUUUAAGACUGCAGACUAUGUAAAAGAUGUGAUAGGUGGAUUGCUAGGAGGAUUUUAUGUUAGUGAAAAAGAAGGGUUGCUAGAGAAAGCAAAAGAAGCUGGAGAGCUAUUGCCUGAGAUUUUUAGCUAUAAAGAAUACCUUCCUUUUGAGAGCUACGAUCGUGUCAAAAAAGAAGGGACUUUAAGCCAUGGAAGCAUGAAGGUUUCUGAUAUUUCCAAUCAAGCUGAAGCUUUACUGCUUUAUAAAUACACUGGUGAUGAAAGAUUCCUGAAUAUCACUGGCAAAUUUGACCAACUGCUUAACGAGAAAAAGAUCCUCCAUGAGUAUUUACCUGUUUAUUUACAAAGUCAAGACUUUAAGUUCGAUAUUUUGAAAUUUGCAGGACCUUUCACAAUGGAUCAAGACAGCGUCCAUAUUCAACGAAAUCUAUUUAAUGCAUGGAUUUUAUCUAACAAAACAGCAUUCAAUAUCAAAGAAAUGUACGAUAAAAAUAAAAACUUUAUCAUUCGAAACCUAACCCUGCAGACAGAAAGAGGCGAGCUUUUUAUAGCUUCCAGAGGAAUGGACAGACCUGAGCACAAUUAUAGGAUGCAUCAAGCUACCUGCGCAUUUGCUGGACAGCUAGCUAUUGAAAACAAGCUUCUAGGCUACAAUGCUUCAGAAGUAAUUUUAGCUAAAAGGCUUAUGGAAACUUGCAUUCAUAUGUACUUAGACGCUCCAAACAAUUUAGCUCCUAACUAUGUUCAGUUUACCAGACAGGGGAUGGAGUUUGAAGAAAAAGGGUUCACUAUCCUCCCUGAUAUUUUUGAUGGACUUUUGCAUUUAUUUAGGCUGACUGGUGAUGAAAUAAUACAUAAAAAUCGCGUGGCGAGUCAAUUUACUUUCUUAAAACAUGUAGCAAUAGGAUUAGGGCCCAAGCCUUCGUCCUAGGAAGUAGCACAUGCCUUUAGGCCGUGGAAUCAGACUGGCAAUAAAAAGGUUGAGAAGUAAGGGACUUGAAACUGGUCGAUAAUAAUUUAAGCUAAGACCAAUGAUGAAAUGUAUAGAAAAGCUGCCUACUUUGUUUAUACUCAGAUAGUUGAGAAAUGCAGGUCUCCUUAUGGGUACAGCAACCUUAAAACAAAUAUGGAGUUGUCAGGUGUUAUGCCAGACUCCUUAUUAAGCAAGACACUGAAGUAUCUUUUCUUGCUAUUCAAUCGUGAAACCUUCAUACCUGUUGAGAAAUACGUUUAUACGCCAGCUGGGCAUGUUUACAGGUACGUCGAGAAAGACAUAGACCAAUAA